AUGACCGAGAGGAAGGCCUACAUGAACGGGCCCGUUGAGGCCAUCGUGAAGGCUGGCUACUUGAAGAGUCUUGUGUCUGAUCUUUCGGCCAUACCUGCGUUUUGGGAGAAGUUCCUGUUGGACUACCCGAAUCACCCUGUGGCUACAUCAGAGCACCGGAACUCAACGCUUGGAUUUACGCUCUACAGCGACGAAGCACAAUCGUGCAACGAGCUGUGGCUUUAUUUAAUCUGGACUUCGGACUUCUCGCCUUACCUCUCAGAUUCCGCAACAUCCAGGAUGGUGAUGGGCAUAAUUCCGGCUUCAAGGUAUCUCAUCGACCCCGACACAGGCGUGAAUUUAAGUAUUCAAGCGGCCUGCUUCCACAUCGCCCAGAGCUUCAACCGACUGUCCCAAGAGGGAGUUCCUGUGAAGGACCUGUCUACGGGUGAAACAGACGCUUGGGUCUGCAAUUAG